AAGAAGAAGGUGGGUGGGCUAAGGAAGAUGAGAUGCAAGAGUAUAGAAGGAGAAAUACAAAGAUAAAGGGGAAAAGAGGAGAGAGAGAGAGAGAGAGAACGUGAUCGGGGCACAGUGUGAAUCUGCAAUCCAUCUUCAAAGUCUGAAUUCAAUUAGAGGGAGCUGUGCCCUGUGACGUGCUGUGUAAUUCAGUCAUAAAAUCUUCGAAAAAUGUCGCUCAAUAUGAAAACCCUAACCCAAGCAUUGGCCAAAACCGCCGCGGUCAUAGAGAAGACAGUGCAGACCACGGUGCAGGAGGUGACGGGCCCCAAGGCACUUCAGGACUACGAGCUCCUUGACCAGAUCGGCUCUGCGGGGCCCGGGCUCGUCUGGAGGCUCUACUCGGCCCGGGCCCGUGAUCCCGCGCGCCAGCACCAGUACCCUGUCGUCUGUGUCUGGGUGUUGGACAAGCGCUCUCUUUCUGAGACCCGAAUGCGCGCGGGCCUUACCAAGGCCGCCGAGGAUUCCUUUCUGGAUUUGAUUCGGACCGAUGCCGCCAAGCUCGUUCGCCUCAGGCAUCCUGGGGUCGUUCACGUCGUCCAGGCCCUCGACGAGAACAAGAACGCUAUGGCUAUGGUCACCGAACCCUUGUUUGCUUCCGCUGCCAAUACUCUUGCCAUUGUUGACAACAUUCCUGUUCUUCCUAAAGAUCUCCGGGGAAUGGAAAUGGGUCUGUUGGAGGUGAAGCAUGGUUUACUUCAGAUUGCAGAAUCCCUGGACUUUCUGCACAACCAAGCCCAUCUUAUUCAUCGAGCUAUAGCACCCGAGAACAUUCUUAUCACCUUGAGUGGAGCCUGGAAACUUGCUGGAUUUGGUUUUGCAGUUUCUGCUACUCAGACUCCUGGUGACUCAUCUAAUCUGCAACCCUUCCAUUAUGCUGAAUAUGAUGUCGAGGACUCUAUUUUGCCUCUUCAGCCAUCACUUAAUUAUGCUGCUCCUGAGCUGGUGAGGAGCACCGGGUCUUCAGCUGUGUGUUCAUCUGAUAUUUUCAGUUUGGGAUGCCUUGCCUACCAUUUAAUCACCCGCAAGUCUUUGUUUGACUGCCACAACAAUGUGAAGAUGUACAUGAAUACCUUGACUUACUUAUCCAGUGAUGCAUUCUCAUCAAUCCCAUCAGACCUUGUUCAUGACCUGCAAAGGAUGCUUUCUCUGAAUGAGUCAUCCAGGCCAACAGCAAUGGAUUUUACAGGAUCACCAUUUUUUCGGCAUGACACCAGGUUGCGUGCCCUACGGUUCCUUGACCACAUGCUUGAAAGAGAUAACAUGCAGAAGACAGAAUUCUUAAAAGCAUUGUCAGAUAUGUGGAAAGAUUUUGAUUCCCGCGUCUUGCGAUACAAGGUCCUUCCACCACUUUGUGCAGAGCUUAGGAAUGUGGUGAUACAGCCAAUGAUUCUACCAAUGGUUCUUACCAUUGCAGAGUCUCAGGACAAGAAUGAUUUUGAGCAAUAUACACUUCCAGCUCUUGUCCCCGCUUUGAGUACUGCUUCUGGUGACACACUGUUACUGCUUGUGAAGCAUGCUGAUCUUAUAAUAAACAAGACUAGUCAAGAGCAUUUAGUUUCUCAUGUUCUUCCAAUGAUUGUUCGGGCCUAUGAUGAUAAUGAUGCUCGUUUGCAAGAAGAGGUCCUGAAAAAGUCUAUAUCCCUUUCCAAACAACUAGAUUCCCAGCUUGUCAAACAAGUGGUUUUGCCCCGCGUUCAUGGAUUAGCACUUAAAACAACGGUUGCAGCGGUUAGAGUCAACGCGUUGUUGUGCCUUGGAGACAUGGUUAACCGACUUGAUAAACAUUCUGUCUUGGACAUCUUGCAAACAAUUCAACGCUGUACUGCUGUUGACCGUUCCCCUCCAACCCUUAUGUGUACCCUGGGGGUUGCAAAUUCUAUUUUCAAGCAGUACGGAGUAGAAUUUGUAGCUGAGCAUGUUCUUCCAUUGCUUAUGCCCCUCCUGUCUGCUCAACAAUUGAACGUCCAACAGUUUGCCAAAUAUAUGCUCUUUGUCAAGGAUAUGCUCCACAAAAUAGAAGAGAAGCGAGGAGUGGCUGUGACUGAUUCUGGAAUGCCAGAGGUAAAACGGCCUCCCGUGGUUAAUGGUGUUCAAUCCGAAGCCGUGCGGACAAGCAGCAGUUCUGUGCCUGCUUCAACAAGAAGCAGCUCCUCUUGGGAUGAAGAUUGGGGUCCCAAAACAAAGAAAACUGCCUCUUCUACUGAUAAUUCUAUCGAUGCAGCCAGUCCAUCUCUGGCAGGCAGCCAUGUGGGUCAAGUAACAUCUUUACAAAAGCAUUUGUCCUCAACUGCUUUAUCUGCUCAGCAAACAACCAACUCAUGCCCGUCAGUAGAUGUAGAAUGGCCACCUCGGGCAUCUCCUGGUGUUACCCCACAAUUUAGUGAUACUGAGAAGCAGACAAUAGGAGCAGGAACUUCAUCCACAUCUAAUCUUGAAGCUGAUGAUCCUUUUGCUGAUUGGCCUCCACGUCCUAAUGGCUCAGUAUCAAGUGGAUCUGGAAUUCCCAACAAUGGUACUUCAGGGAUGCCCCUGAACAUUGGGUUUAAUUCGAUGACAAAUACUUCAAGCAAUAUUGGUCCCCAAACUAGCAUGAGUUGGUCUGUUAGUUCCCAAAGUUCUGCAGAUCCCAUUAGUUUGAAUUCAAGGACUAGUUCCACAGUGGGUAGCCUGAAUAGUGGCCUCGGGCAUCAGAAUUCUCUUGGGUUCCUAAAGCAAAGUCAAGCUUUUCCAGCAUCGAAUGUUUCAUACAAUAAUGCUCAGUCACCGGCAACAGAUCUAGGAUCAAUAUUUUCUUCCAACAAGAAUGAACAAAUUGCGCCUAGACUUGCACCUCCCCCAUCAUCUGCAGUGGGUAGAGGACGAGGAAGAGGGAGGGGAGCUGCGUCAACCACUAGGUCCUCUCACACCAAGUCACACGCUGAGCAGCCACCCCUUUUGGAUUUGUUAGGGUAACUUGCUUCUAUUGCCCAUGUAUUAGUAGGUUACUGCUGAGAUUGUACAUUUUGUGCAACAUCCCGUGCUUGGAGACUUUUAGUGUGAUGGGAGAUUUCAGAAAAUCUUGCCAGGCAACAUGUUUUAAGGGACGGCUACUCUAUGUAAAGGUUUUGUUGUACGUUGCUUAGUCUAUAGUGAUUUUGCAAAAUUUGGAUUAUUAUUUCUUAUUUUUUUGUCCUUGUUAUGUUAUAUUUCAUUCUUAGGGCUUCGGGCAAAGUGUAUUCAGAAAAGUCCUUAUUACUGUGACCGGGUUGGAAAUAAUAAAGUCUGUCAUAAAGUUUCUUUUGUACACAA